GAACAAGCAAUGCUUGGAACAAUAACUAACCACUGAAUCGAUCCUCCUUGGACAGUAUAGAUAUUUUCGCCGAAUAAUAACACAAAAAAUGAGCAGCCUCCCUCAAGAAGCUGCCUUACCCAUAACCAACACUCUUUUUCCUCCACCUCCACCGUAUUUCCAAGCUUUCACGGACGAGGCAAUCGAGCGAUAUGAAACAUUAACGGGGAAAUCUCUAUUUGUUAACGACGAGAAGGGCAAAACCAAAGGCAAAGAGAAGAAGUCAGAUGACAGGGACAUGAGCGUGGAUAUUAGGAUACAAGAUUUGACAGAAGAAGAACAAAAUGAAAAGCUCGAGCUGGAAGGAAAACUGGAAAAGCCUAGAGCAGAUUGGGUCAAUGAGGACGGCAGAUGGAUGUGCUUUGGUACCAUGUACACUACCGAGCCAAUCAUUCCUACGGCUCAGUCGAUUGGUCUACCGCCUUUCAUAGACCCUGCGGUCGAGCCCCAAGAAUCCCUUCCUCCUUUAUUGCACUCCUUCUUGCAUACUCUGCUGUUGCUUUUGGAUACACUUACUAUGACUGCGAGAACUCCUAAUGAGCUGGCAGCUGCUGGGUGGGCGAGUGAGGGUGACCAAUACAUUCAACAUUUGACCAACUUAAGCGCAAACAUGAUGGUAGCCUCUAACCAGUUGAGAAGUGCCCAAAGCGAAGCUACGCUGGUGUUGCUCAUGGAGAAGGAGCUUGAGGAGAGACGGAAACAGACCGAGAAGUUACGAUCCAAAUGCAAGGAGAUUGCUAGUGGCAUCAGGGCUUUGAAAGGAUUGUAAUAGAUCUGAGGUGCCGCCAUUGGAGCUGGAGCCGUUUUUGACGAUUGUUGUAAAUUCCUGUAAUUCACAUGCAUGGCAUUGAUGUCAAGA